AUGGAAACGCAAGUUAAUUUUGAAAAUAUUAUAAAACAACCUAUUCAUUUACAAGAACAAGGAGGAUUAAUAACUGUUGAACAAAUCAAACAAUCAUUUGAUUCUAUUGUAAGAAAAAUUGACGAAAAUAAUAAUUUAUUAUCAGAUAAGCAAUUGAUGAAAGAAAUCGUAGAAUUAGCAAUUCAUUCAAACGAAAAAAAUUUAUGCGAUUCUACUAUUAUUAAUCAUCGUAUCUUUUUUAUCUUACGUGAUUAUUAUUUAAAUCUUAUGCAACGUUGGCGUUUUGGUGAAAAAUUUGAUGAUAUAACUUGUUUUAUAUUCGAAACAAUUUCGAAUUUAUUUCUAAAAAUGUCAAGUCAUAUAUCGGAUAGUAGUAUAUCAACAUUAAAAGAAUUAAUUUUUCAUGAAACAUUUCUCAUGGAAAUAAAUCAAUUUCUUAAAGAAUUAUUAAUAAAUGAUAAAUAUUUACAAGAUCCUCAAAUAAAAAGUAUUGAUAAUUUAUUUCGAACAAUUCAACGUCUCGAAAGAAUUAAUUUUGAUAAUAGAAAAGAUUAUUUAUUCGAUAAUAUUGUUAAAUGUAUUUGUUCAUCAUUAUUUAUUGAAAUAUUUCUUCAAUCUUUAAAUCAAGAAAAUGAUGAUGCUGGACAAAGAUUUUUAUUAAAUACAUGUACAGAUUAUAUUUAUUCUCAUUCAACGGAUAAACAACAUAAACAAUGUUUAAUUAAUAUUCGUCAAUCACUUCUUCGUCCAUUUACUCAAUGGUUAAUAGAACAAUCAUCAUUAUUUCGUUUAUGGAAUAAUCGAAUGAUAAUUAAUUUACGUCAAAUUUGUUUUUUAUUAACACUUAGUAUUCAACUUAAUCGAUUUAUUAUUCUUGAUAAAGAUAUAUUAGAUAAUUAUUGUCAUAUUAUUGAUUCAUUUAUUAAUAUACUUUAUUCAAUAAUACAAUCUGAUAAUAAAAUAAAUAAUAAAUCAGCUCAUUCAUUAAUUGGAACAAUAAUACCUAAUUUAUAUACAAUGACAUUAUCAAAACAAUUAGAAAAAUAUCUACAAAAUAAACAUAUUAUAUCAUUAAUAUUAAAAUUAACUAAUUUUGAAAAUGAUGAAAUACAAUUAAAUUCAUUUAAAAUUCUUUCAUCAAUAACAACUGAACAAGAAACAAAAAAUAUUGAUUAUUCAAAUAAUAUUGCAAAUCUUUUUAUUAAAUUUCUUAAUAAAGUUAUUGAUGAUUCAAAUCAAACAUUAAGAUUUUAUAAUUUACUUCGAUGUCUCAAAAAUUUAAUUCAAUAUGAUCAAAUUAAAGAUGAAUUAACAAAACAAAAUGGUCUUCCAUUAAUUAUUCGUUGUGCAACAGAUAUUAAAUUUAAACCUCUUCAAGUACAACAACCUGCUUUAGAAAUUCUUUUUGCUCUUACAUUUAAUAAAGAUGCUUAUCAACAACUUAAAGAAUAUUCUAUUCAAAUAAAAUCUUUUCUAUCUUCAUCUCAUCAAGGAAUAUCACAAGUUGUUGAAAGAAUUUUAUGGAAAUUAGAAAAAGAAGAACAAGCAAUUACAAAAUCAAAAAUUCAUGAUAAAAAUUAUAAAUAUGAUAUUAUGUUAUCAUUUUCACAAUCAGAUAAAGAUUUAUGUCUUCUUAUUUAUGAUGAACUUGUUAAAUAUAAUUUUCGAUUACCACAAAUAAAAUUAAAAAAUGAAAUUGAUCUUCGAAGAAAAUAUAUUAAAAUAAAUCAAAAAACUGAUUCGAUAGUAAUUCUAACAAACAAUGAAUAUUCAUUUGAGAUCGAUCAAUGGACAACUGAUGAUGUUAAAUUAUUUCUAAUAUCAAAAAAUCUUAAUUCUCUUUUACCAAUAUUGUGUGAAAUGAAUGGAAAAUUUUUACAUGAAUUAUAUAAAAUGUGUUUAUCUAAUCGUGAAUCAAUGUUUCAUACAUUACAACGAGAAAUUUCAAUAUUAAAUAUAAAUAAUCAAUCAUUAACACUUCUUAUUUAUCUUCGUUUUUUAAAUGAAAUUCAAAAAUAUAUUCCAUAA